UUUUUUUUGCCGUGCUGGCACGGUGGCCAAGCAGCUCUUCGUAGCAAGCGGAAGGGCCACAAACUGGCAAACUGGAGCUACCAGUAGCUAGCUAGCCAAUAGGAAGCAGCCAUGACAGGGCCUUUCCAAGUGCGCUUCUUGCUCCUGCUGCUGCAUCACCAUGAAUGCAGAGUGCAGAUCCGAAUGGGCAGGCGGACAUCGUACUGUCCACGCCGUUUUUCCCCUUUCUUCCGCUCUCGUGAGCCGGUACUGUACAAGAACAAGCACCAUGCACCAUCCGUGUGCUUGAUACCUUGUACCUUGUAGCACUUUAGAAGUGAACCAGUGCUGCCCAAUGUAGCUACGACUGCAGUGCAUCAAUGACGAUUUUACCCUAUCCUAUUCAGAGGGGCCUCCAGUCCCUGUCACGCCCAACUCGCGAAAACAUGGCAGCCUGGUCAGAUCUCAUCAUCGUCCAAAUUACUUGGUCUAUUCUUUGCUACUCAUAUCUCAUAUGAUCUACAGUAGUCUAUGUAUCUAUUCUUCUACUCGGCUCGGGAGAGACCAACUGUGCUGUCGUUCUUCGUUUGCGCCGUCAGUUUCCAUCACACCAUUCGUCGGUCAAAACUGUUCAACGGCACAUUGAAGAAGUAAUCUUCUUCCUCGUCAUUGGCAUCAUCUUCUCGCUCCUCCUCCUCGUUGCUCUCCUUCACCGUUUCGGGCUCGUAGUAGCGACGAUACGGACUAUUGGCUUGCUUGGCAAUCGACAAUCCUCGUGGAUGCUGUCGUUGUUGAAGCUGCUGGGAUCGGACUUGAUCUUUAAUGUCAUUGAUAAAAAACUCCUUGUCGUCGUCGAGAAUGGAGACAUCCUCGUCCGAACUAUCGGUCGUGAUCACCCACGGAACACUCUCCUCCUCUUGUUUCUCGUACAAAAAGACCGGCUUGGGACUCGGCGCGCCGCUCUUGAAGCAACUCAAUGGGAGAAUCUCGGCCAGUAUAUGAAGUGGGUUCUCUGCAAAGCAACGAUUCUGUGCUACCGAGACCACGUUGCCACGAGUUUGUUGGUGUCGUCGUCUCGCGGUGUUUUCCCGUUCGGUUUGUUUUGCGUUGCGAAAGAUGUCCAUGACUGUAUGAAUCCGCCAAGCUCCUGGGAUCGCUCCUGUAGUGUUUGAUUUAAGUUCUUCUUGUUGUGUUUGUAAAUGAGCAGAGAAUGUGUAUACCGGUACUUGAGGAGCGGCAUCGUCGGAGGGAGCGAUGUCGUUUCCGAAGCGUUUCGACGUGUGAGCCCUCAUCAAACAUCAGUCGAGUUUUGAGAAACACUGUCCCUAUUGUAUUGUUUGACUCCCGCGUACCUCUGCGGUACAGCGGGUGGUAGUCAUCAGCAAACCUGCCUCCAACUUGUGGGAGGUACUGGUACAGGGUACAGAUUGAAUAUCGCUCACUUAUUAGUAAGGAGUGACUCAGGAGUCAGUGAGCCUCAGUCCAAAAGACAUGAGAGAUGAGAUUGGAGCAACAAAGGUGGCUUGGAGGGCUCAGAUGCGGAACAGCGGUAAGCAAUGUUGCAUAUGUAGUUCUUUUGUGUCAAUUUGAAAAGUUAGUGGCAGUUUCGAAGUUGCAACCGCGCAAAUGUAACCCUCGAAUGAAUCCCACUGACUGUGCUUGGUAUGUGCUUGAGUCGUAUCACGGGGGAAGUCCACAGUUGCGAAACAACCAAUGUUGUCAACUGCUUCUGAAGUAUUCUCACAAACCUAGGCUGAGACGUUUCGCACUUUGAUGUGCCAAUCACGAGAAUGCCGGAAGCCAGGCAGACACGUUACGUUUGAUUGACGAAGAGCCGUCAGGAAUUCAAAGCAAUUUGGACUUCUUCCCAACUUUAAUGAAUGCAUCAAGACUGAUUGGUCCAAGUCGGUGUUGCGCUGUCGCGGUGCAAGCACAGCAGGGGCAGGUAAACUCCACAAUGCCAUGAAAGUAACUACAAGCUACCGGUAUGCACAGUUGUCAAGACAAGCAGGAGGCCAGGAACGUUUUCCUCGCCGUGGAAAGUUUUCUUUUACCUACCGUAUUCCAGUCGUGGAUACUCAGGGACUCAUCGGCUCUGAAGAUUUUUGGACGAAAAUUUCCCUCCGCGUAGAUGUCUUGCAUCCGAUCUCGUCAUGAGAGGGGAGUGUGGGCCUUUCAUACUCGUGUGGAAGUGUUGGGGUCGAAACACACACCACACAGCUGCUGCAGGUAGCUAGCUAAACUCAAGCCACCUAGUUGUGAGAGGCUAAAGCUGGAGGGAUCUCAAUCAUUUCGAUUUUUUUCAACCAAGCCGCACAUAAUAAGCAGCGAGAUUUUGGGUAUCUUUGAUCGAAACAACAUUAUUUGAUUGAGCGACCGAUCCAAUGGCUCCUCGUCCCCAGGGCCGUGGACGGGGGCGUGCCGGCAAUUCAUCAGGAGGAAGGGGUGGUAGAGGUCGAGGAAGAGGAGGAAAACAAGGCAACAGCAGCAGAGGAUCCCAACAAGAAGCUGGAGGGAAGAUCUCAUGCUGUUCCAAUUGUCAGGCCUCCAAUGAUGUCCACGGUGUUCAGUUGUACGAUGGAGAUAGGUACUUGAGAGGAUCAGGAUCGGGACCUCUGAAGCUCAAGCUCUGUGCUUGUCGGAGAGUUGCCUAUUGCAGCAAAUCCUGUGAGACUGCUCAAUCUUUGGUACAUAAGUGCAAGCCUAAGAAAAAGUCUUCCAAUCCUGCUGCCAAUCAAUGGAGGAAUAGGACUGUGACGCGUUCUCCCGUUAUCGAUGCAACCGGACCCAGCUUUUCAGAACACUUGGUAAGAGACAUCUCAGACGAAGCCCACUCUAAUGGCGGGGAUUUGGGACUUCCAGCCUCGACUUUCGCUUUCAAUUUGUCUGACAGUGAAGAUGACGAUAACGAUUGGACCAAGUUCGCUGUUCCAGAUGAGCCUCCGGACACAGCUAGCAAGUGUGCUCAGCUGCUGUUGGGCAAAAAUGUAUCUGAGGUGCAUGACGUCCGUCGUUCAGGAACAACUAAAACCGAUGCUCGAAAGGAAAGAAUUCAAGAGGAUGUUCCUGGGAGUCGUAGUCUGGUCAAACCUGGAGCAAAGCCAGAAGGUGCUGUGAAAACUGUAGACUCAGAGUCUACCAAGAGGGCCAAUUCUGACCUCAGCGACCAAGCACCAACAGAUAUCAAACAAAACAGGACACCAAAGACGCCUCCGAAAAAAGAUGCAGCCUCAAAAGCGGUCCCAAAAAAAAGCACAGAGUCUCCGGCCAAGUCAAAGAAAUCCACCAAAGCAUACGAACUAUUGGGCAAGGCCCUGUCCCAACCAACAAAAACCCGCCAAGUUGUUUCGAACUGGCAGCCCAAACCAAUCCCAGAAACAAGAAAGCUAGGCAGAACAUCCUUGUGGGAAAAGGCCCCCAGUCGGGAGGAUUACGCAAAGCACGUAGUCCUCCAUCAAGAGAUGGUGCUACACGUUGACCCUCGCGGCUGCUCAGAAAACGACUACAGCAAAGUUGCUCACUUGACAGGCGUGUACGAGGGUCAGAUUUUGGAUUCUGGAAUUCCAAUUUAUUUGCAGAACGUUGAAAAGACAGAGAUCCUGGCAAACAAGUAUCAGUCUUGCAGUGCCCAGGCCCGGCGUUGUUUGAAGCAAGAUUGGGGCAUAACGAUUGGGGAAGCGGUUCUUUCGGGACCCCCACUCGCUUUGACGUGGUAUUACAAUCGCCAGAACCGAUUUUGUUGGACUGUGAGAGAUUUGAGAGAUUGCCUUAGUCCCACUCCAGGUGUUACUCUCUCGGAAUUGACGAGUGUGGACCCCAUUCGCGUUGGAGAGCUCGACUUUUGGACCAAUCCAGAAUCUCUUUAUCGCCGCCAUGAACAAGCCUUCACAACAUGGUAUACUCCGGGCGGGGUCCGAGUUCCGGUGGCAACGACGCCUCUGGUGGCAUUCGAGCGUGCACUUGAAGUUGCCGAUACACCCGCACUGACGUUGCGAGAAAGUAUGGCCUUGGACUUUGAAUUUUGGAGGAAGCCUCUCGUUUUGCACGCGGACUCUCGCAAGACUAGUGUGGCAAAGCUGGACUCGUUCUUGGGAAUCUACGAGUUUGAUGGAAUGGUUAUGGAUGGAUAUCCGACGUGGAGAUUGUGUCGGCAACGCAGUAAUGAACUGGCAAAAUCAAUGACGAGGAGGAAAGGCGUUAAGGAAAGACUAGAUGAUCUUGCCAUUUCAUUGCGACAAGACAACGUGACCAAUUCACCACCACCCCACCUGUAUAUGUUGCGUCAUGUACUACAUGUGGCAUUGCCGGAUGCUUUUGAUCGUGACCCAGGCCGAGGCUUUACUUUGCGAAGCGCGACCGCUUCGCCUCAUGAAGGGAGGCUACUGACGGAAUCGGACGCGCUGUAUCAGCUUGGGGAAUCUGCCCUGGCAAAGUGGAUUUUUAACACCGGGGACAAGUGGGUGACAGUGAAAGUAGCUGUGACAGCAGAAGACGUCUUCCAACGCGCAGUAGCUCUUGCCGAUUUGGAGGAAGACAUGAUUGGGGGGAGUUCUGAACGACAGCGAUCGGAUCAAACAGAGGUAGACCAAGAGGAGGAGGGGGCUACAACAGGAGGGAAGAAGAAAAAGAAGAAAAAGAAGAAGAAAAAGAAGAGGAGCAGUGACACGCUGGACGAAGAAAAGUCCGCACCUUGUGACAACAAUAGUAAAGAGUUCAGCUGUGACGCUGCAGCAAGUGCUGAUGUCCCUGGAGUUGAGACUUGUGGAGAAGCCGACAAAACGACCGGUGACCAAGGACUAUCACAAGUAGACGAUAUUCAAGAGACGGGCACUAGCAUUGGAGCCCAGGAUCAGUACAAGCGCCUUGCGAAGGAUCUGGGGCUCGAAACUCACAAUGAUGACGAUCUGCUCCGUGAAGAAGCUGCCCUGUGCACAGUUGCCACAGACGAAGCCUUGAGACGCUUUUUUGACCUCGAGGAGAGCCAUCCGGCAUUUCUUGCCGUUGACGAGACAAAGUCGAGCUCGAUUUACUGCGCCGCGCUGGGGGCUGACUCGGCAAUCCUCUUGGACGAAACCAGAGAGUGGCUUCGAUCGUGUACCGACAAGCUGGCGCUGGAAUGUAUCAGACACGAGAAGAAGGCUCUCCUUGUGUUGAUUCUGGAACGUGGCGCCGCCAUUUCGUCGACCGCUCUGCUCCAGGUAUUUGAGAGCCUCCCAACGAAUAGUAACGACGAUUUCAACAAUCGCUUCGCUCGUGGGAUUUCAUCUGUAAGACUUGUCUCAAGUGACGAUUUUGGCCUGCUUGUCUCUGUUUUGAAGAAGCGAGUUGGGAAACAAACCAAAAAGCACGUCUUGGUAGUCCUAAAGGAGGCACAGAGCGAACAUCAGAGACUGACCCAAAAAACAAAAGAGAAAGAAAGAGGGGGGAAAUCCGAAACGAAAGCUCCCACGAAACAGGAUUCUGAGAAGAACGACAGCGCUACUAGGACAAAGACGCCAGGUGUGGUGGAGACGGACCUCGUCAAAACGGGAACAGCCAACGAUAAAAGGACCGAUGAAGCCUCGAGCGAGGAAGCGAACAUUGUUGAAAAACUGAAGGAACGAAUCGGUGUUUCUUUGGCUUGGUAUCAUCAUAUGCUGGAGGAUAGCCGGAAGAAGAUCUCGUUUGAUGAUUUCGACAAGAGCGCCAUCCCUGUUGAUCAUUCGCAUGGCAGAUCGACACAGCGCAUCGCACAGGUCCACAGUCCAGAUUCUAAAUCCCCUAGCGUUGUCGAGACCCCGCGAUUGUCCUCCAAAGAAAUUGCGGCUGCAAUGGCGAAGUGCAGUGCGCUCUCUGAGAAAGAACAGACAGCGAUGCUGGACGACAUUGAGAGAAGCGUGGAUUUAUCGGAUUGGGACGACGACUGCGAAUGGACUGUAGAGAUGACGGAGCAAGCUCACAAAUGGUUUCGCAAACAUUUGAAGAAACAGCACCAUAUCGUGGACCGAGUCAUUCGAAGGUUGAAGCUUUUGUCGACGGGGCGCUGGCCGUAUGUCUUGUGCAAGCCCCUUAGAACCAGAAGCUCGUCGGCGAAGCUGUAUGAAUCGAAGAUUGAUAAAGGUUGCAGAAUCAUCUGGGAGGUUGCUGUAGCUUUCUCCCCGCGUCGUUCAAAAGCAAACUUUAGUUAUUGUGAAGACGUGAUAAGGGUAUGGGACAUUGUCCUUGAUCACGAUAAUCUGACACGAAGCAUCGAUUUGGCAAUCGAGCGCAUCGAAAAGUCUCACUCGCGUGGACAGGAGAGCUUGUUGUACUCAGAGUUGGUUGAUUUUGACGAAAGCAUGGACGCUUCUAUAGAAGCUAGCGGGCAGAGGGUCCCUCGAGUGUUUUCCAUGAAGCAGGGGGUUGACUGCAAUGACAAGCCUCAGAAAAUCGAGAAGACCCGACACUAUCCACCCGCGAGCGAUGACCCUUUGCAGUUUACCCUGCUCAAGUUUUAUGAGCUUGACGCUGGGGCAAUCAAGCUCCUGCUGGAUGGCCAAAAUGAAGAACACGACCUGCCGUUCACACCAGGACCAAAAGAACACGAGAUCAUUCACUAUACCUCCGAUCCACCUCGAAGCAUACUGUUGAUGGGACGAAGUGGCACUGGUAAAACCACUUGCUUGGUCUUUCGCAUGUGGGCUCGUUCAAUGUACUACAACGCGCAAGGCGUGAAGCCGCGGCAGCUGUUCGUCACGAAGAAUGACGUCCUGAGACGAGAAGUCGAGAAGUCGUUCCUCAAUAUGGGAUACGCUUGGCGAAAGAAGAGUCCAUCGGGUGUUGCACCACCAGGCAUGAUCAUCGCAGAGAGUGACAAUACAAGCUCCGACGAAGGAGCCGAUUCGAAUUUACCCUUGUUCCUUACAUCCAGUGAAUGGCUCGAAAUUCUUGACGCCGAGCUACCGGGAGAGAGGUUCUUCACGCAGAAGGAGAUAGAAGAGCGGAUUGACUGCCGAGAAGAGGACGAUGCCGUGAAGAGGGGAGUAGAGGCGUUGUUUGCUGACGAUGAAAACCUCGGAAGCUUGAAUUCAAAAGAGACGGCGCGUCAGGAGAUGACGUUUGGAACUUUUUGCAGGAAAUGGCGCAAGAUUAACUCGCGCGUAAAGACAAACCUCGAUCCCGCGCUAGUUUGGCUUGAAAUCAAAAGCUAUAUAAAGGGGACAGUUUGUUCUUUGCACUUGGACGAUCCAGAUCGUCAUCUGCCUGGCAAUCGUUUCUUGACCCUCGACGAAUACAUCGCACUUCCCCGAAAGGUUUCAAGGCUUGAUGAAACCCAGCGCCGCACCGUCUACGCGCUGUACGAAUCCUAUGAGAAACUCAAGAGAGGAGGGAGCUUCUUUGAUGAAUCGGAUGUUGUGUAUAAUCUUGCCGGCAGGGUUUCGUUAUUCUUGAGCCGUGUUGAAGCAGAAGGCGUCGACAAGAAGCCGUCUAUGCAAGGUCUGCUUCCAGUUGACUCCUUGUUUGUGGAUGAAGUGCAGGAUUUCACUCAAGCAGAGCUGUACCUCCUUACCAAGCUCAGCCGCGACCCGAACAACCUCAUGCUGGCGGGAGAUUCGGCUCAGUCGAUCACCGUGGGCGUGGGCUUUCGAUUCACGGACUUGCGAACCAUAUUUUACGAGCAGUUCAAUGGAAUUGAGCCCAAACUGUUACAACUGACCCACAAUUAUCGCAGUCACGCUGGCGUUUUGCGGCUGGCAGCAUGCGUUGUGGAGCUCUUGUACUUCUUCUUCAGCGACAGCUUGGAUCGCCUCCCACCUGAUCUAGGGUUGCUGAGUGGACCAAAACCUUGCAUUAUGAUCGCAGAGUCGCCUUCGGAGCUGGUUUUGAUGUUAGACGGUUCCAAGAGGGAGACACAACGCAUUGAGUUUGGUGCACACCAGGUCGUUAUUGUUCGAAAUGAGGAGGCAAAACAAGCCCUUCCCGACGAGUUCGACAAAGAUUGGGUGAUGACGACGGUCGAGGCCAAAGGUCUUGAGUUUGACGAUGUCUUGAUCUACGACUUCUUCACUGAUAGCCAAGCUUCUGACAUUUGGAGAGUGGUGGCGAACUAUACCGAGGAAGACGUGGCAAGCUACUAUGCAGAUGUUACCGUCAAGUCGUCUGGUGUGCGAACAUAUGAUUGGGACAACCUGUUGGCAUACCAGACACGACACUUGGACUUCUCCAUCGAGGAACACAAGAUACUAGAAUCGGAGUUGAAACAGCUCUACACCGCAAUCACCAGAGCACGGGUCAAUGUUUUCAUUGCGGAAAGCGACCCAAACAGGUGUCUUCCAAUGUUUGAAUACUUUCGGAGACGACAUGUUGUAGAGGUUGCAAACAUCAAGGAGAGUGGAGACCUGUCCGGUGUGAGGGUUUUCGGCAAGAUGUCUGCUAAGGAGGAUUGGCGAAAUCGCGGCGAGUACUACCUGCUAAAGGCUGAGGGCGAUCGUGCCAAGGGCCGCUUGAGACUCGCCGCGAAGUGUUUCAAAAAGGCAGGAGAGACAAAAAAGGAAGAGUAUGCGAUGGCCUAUCUCUCCUUCUUAGAGAUUGAAGACUCCGCCGCUACCACAAUGAAGCGUCGAGACCGACAAGGAGCGGUGAGAAGAGAGCGACUCUACAACAUUGCCAUUAAGCUUUUGGAGGCCGAGGACCUCGUCUUCCUAGACAAGGCAGCGCUCUGCCUUUUGAAGACAGGUCAGGAAGAGGUCUCUCGCGCGGCCGAAAUGUUUGAACUCUACGCUCAGAUUUCCUACGCAAAGCGCGCUCAUUCCAUUCGAACAAAUGACGCUGCUGUGACCCAGAAAGAGCAACAGUAUUUCUUGUACGCUGCAAAAUUCUUCGAGCGUUGUGCAGCCGAGCAAAACCUUGCUCAAACCGAGAGGCGAGCACUUUUGGUUAGAAGUGUCAGGAACUACCUUUGUGCAGGUACCAAUGACGACCUGCAACAAGCAUCUGUUCUCUUGGAAAAUAACGCCUCAUUGCUACAGAAAUCAUUCACGGCGCUUGCAGCGCUUUGUACACCUUCCACUGACGCUGAGAUGGAGCCACUUCGCAUCUUUCAAACCAAUCUCAAAGACAACGACAAAGGGAAAUCAGUCAUGGCGUCAAUGACAAGGCUCGCUCGGAUCGCUUGUCGAUCAUACUACGAGCAAAAUGAUUUGGUUGGCAUAAGCAAAGCGCUUGAGUCGAUCCCGCCCGCCGAGAGAAUCCACAUGCUGGCUAGCCUCGAAACAGAUCCAAUGCACUUUGCUGCUCAAACCCCUUGGGGCCGGGACGACGUGUAUGCGAUUUCACAAAGCCGGACGAAAACGGGCAUUGGCACCAACAAGAUUGACAUCACCUCUUUAUUAGUUGUCGAAUAUGAAGCUUGCGGUCAACACGAGCGAGCUGCUGAGACCUUUGAAGAGCGAGGGAUGUUGCUGGAAGCAUGCGCUCGCCUUCAAGCGUUGGCUACAGGAGAGACAAACACGGCGUCUCAAAGUAAGCUCUGGUUCAAGGUUGCUGAGCUGAAGACUCGAUACGUCGAGCUUGUUGUGGAAUCGAACAAGGUGGUUGCAGCUGGCGACAAGGUUGUUGAUGUCUUGCAGUCUCUGGAAGAUAUGAUGAAGGCACAUGGCGAUUCUGUCAAGGAGGAGUUGGCAAUGAGAGUGGCACUAGCACGGGUUAGAAUCAAAAGAAGCGAUCCUUGGGACGCUUUGGAAUUGUGCAGCAGUUCAAUUAUGAGAAAACAUGAUGCCAUCAUGCUAGUCAUUUUAAGCCAAGCUGGGAUCGAAGAUUUGUUAUCGGGAAGACGACGGCGGGACUGCUGGACUGGAGUGCUUUUCGUAAUGGAACAUAUCGAGGCAUUGAGUCAAGCCGCAGAAACUUUGUGUCGAACAGCAAGCUCUGGAAAGACAGAAGAUGAAGCUUUGGUGGGGCAAGUCGAGUCCUACUUUGGGCUUCAACACUAUCAGUUUAACCCGCAGACCAUCUCCACAGCGAAUUGCACCAACUUGAAGCUCAGGAAGGUGCUAAAAGAAGAGGGCGAACAUGCCCUCGUCGAGUCCGCGUUACCGCAGCUCGUCGUAAGGCUGAACCGCGGACAAGUUCAUAUGAUUCUCGCUCGACAUCUCUUUCGAAUGGCUGCGACGUUGCUGCUUUCAGUUGAGAAGCACUUGUCGGAGUGGGCCAUGAAGUAUCAACCUUGUGAAGCGAUCUCGGCUGGGUUGAAAUGCAAGGAUGGGCAAAAAUGCAAACACUCUCAUGCGUCCCAGGUGAAGCUGUGCCGCCAACGUGCGAAUUUACUUCAGUGCCAACUGCGUUGCCUCGAGCAAAUCUUGACUCUCCGACGGAGCAUUACUGCCAAGUUCCAUGAUUUGGCCGUAGAAGGUGCCUUGUACAAGCGACAUAGCGAGACCAUCCGCCACGUUACCGAUGCGUUGGCGAAUUACGUGCUUCAUUCCAAUGGCAUGAAGUUCAAGGUUGUUGAAGACAGUGUUCAGGAGGAUGGCCCCGAGUUCGGUUACAUUCUAUGGCGCCAAUCCACUCUCAAAUCCUUAGACUUGAGUGAAAAUUACCGAUGGUUCAAGCUUUCACAGAAAAGGAAGACAUCACUACUAGUAGAUUUGAUGGAGAUUAUUCGGUACUGGAGGAUGAUGCGAAUCUGCCACGACGGCAAUAAACCCAACAAAACCUUGGACGAAAAGCUGCGGGAACUGGAACGGAGACUCAAGAAAUCUGCAAAAACAAAGCAAGCGCUUGACUCCCAAUCGGCAAACAACAGAGCAGAUAUCUUUGUUCAGGGGACUGCGGAUUUGUUCUCUCGAAUGUGGCUUUGGGCCGUGGACAAUGCCGCAGACAACAUUUUUCAGUCCAUCUCCAUAGUUGAGAAUCUCAUCAAACUGACAUCCAGACGAGAGGGUGUUUGGACGCUGAACAAAGCUGACCAGCUUGCGCUAUUGGAAAUCAAUGCUGUCGGCCUUUUCUCCGUUCUCUCCCUUCGCUACAGUGGUGGCUCCGACUCGCAACAUUGCUGGUGGCUGAUUCCUCAGAGGAUGUACUUGGACUGCUUUGUGACAGAAGACAGUUCAAACCGAUCUCGCGGCUUUGGAUUGUCUUACCAAAAGACCGUGAUGAAAGCCAUCGACGAAAACUUUUUUGAUUGCUUCGCAGCAUGUGUACGCCAGUUGGAAACGAUCGCCGGUGUGAUUGUCAUCAACCACCUGCUUUCACGACCGAAGCAAGGACAGAGAACCGACAUCUUGCGAUUCGAGCGCGCAAUUCUUCUGAGUGUCUUUGUUUGUACAAACGCUGUACUUUUUUCUAUUGCCGGCAAAAACAUGAGUACUGACGAUGCACAACAAGAGCUUAACAACUUGCCAUCAUUGCCACUGUGCAGAAACAUCAACGAGCUGGUCAAGAUUCUCAAGUCUGUGCUGCUGGGGUGUACAGCUUCUGAUAGAUUGCAAGCAGCCUUUGCCAAACUCGGGGAGAAACCGUCUCUCUUCGGUGGUUUGAUGAAAGGUAGUAGCAACCAAACAUUCUUGGAUUUGAUGAAAUGCACAAACCAUAUGCUUGAGCUAUCAGGAUGGAACGACCAAUUGGUGCUCUGUCGUCUAAAGCAAGCCAAACGUAGUGCGGACGUAGAAAUCGCCACGGACACAAGCAAAGUGGAGAGCAUUCUCAAGAGAGUGUCUUUUCACGAAGACCGAGGCGUGUUUUUGAAGAGUUACAAGCCACGGUGUCAGGACUUCCUUGCGUUUGGUGACAGCACAGACAACGAUGACACAGCAACGAAUGUUGCGGAAUUGAGCCGAAAAUCAGAAGAAAGAAAUGCUGCCACCACCAUUGCAAAUUUCUGGAGAAGUUUGAGGAGACGAGCUGAUGCGGACGAGAGAAAGAUGCCGUUCCGAGAAUGGAAGGUCAUCGUUGCAAGGUUUGUCAACGUCGUCAAACGUAGAAUGGCUGCUGUCCUUCUCGAGAAAGCGCAGGAAGCGCUCGCAUCGACAGACGAACGUUGCACACAGCUGCCAUUGAACGAACUUCCAAAUCCAUUCGAAGACCAGAUGUUCUUUGAAUCGAUCGUGAACAAGUACGAUCAAGAUCUGUCCCAGUAUCGUCCAUUUUUUGAUGGUUUUGAAUGUACCUACUGCGGAUACUAUGUCUCCCCUAUGGAUGCCCAGCGACGCUUUCAGUGGUGCCAGCUUAACUGUCAAGGUUUGCCGUACAGCUCUGCGGCAACUCAUUUCAACAUGGCCUUCUUCAAUGGCCCAGAGGCACCCUUCAGAGACGCUGGGAUGUCAUUCUGCACUCACGGGUACGACGGUGGACAUCAGCACAACAUCAAGACCUACGAGAUUCAUCACCAAAGAUUGACUCGUUUGGCCGCACUGCUGGAUUGUGGGCUUACCGUGGUUCAUGGUAUAAUUAUUGUGUCUGGAAACCAACAGAAUGGUUAUCAAGAACCAUCAGAGAUUUCUUCCUGGUACAGUAACAUUGGAAAAGAGGCGUCCAUGAUGCUGAUGGAGUUGGAAGAUUCACGAUAUUCUUUCUUUGGUGAAGCCACGGCUUGGCCACCGAUGGACCAUUUCCAAAUGCUGGAGGCUGGAAUCAGUGCAAGCUAUCGUCGAGCCCAAGAUCUUUUCAACCGUGUGCGAGCUGAAGAGAUGCGGAUGGCUGCAUCCGAGGAGACCAAAGACACGGACGAUCAGGUCCCUGGAGAGAUUUCGGAUCCUGUCGUUGUACGGUUGAUCGACUAGACUUCCCUGCAGUUCAACGUACGCACCCUCGUAAAUAACUAAAUAGGGAUUGCGAAAAAGAGGCAAAACUAGGUGAUGCCUGUACGGUAUUGGACCCUAACACUGCUAUGGAUGAUAGUCCGCACUUGCUCAGCGGGUGCGUGGUUUUUGCUUGCUAGCUAGCUAGU